AUGUUAUUAUUCCAGGAAGUAUUUUUCUGGCAUUUGGUUUAUUUCAUUCAUAUAAGAAUAGUGUCUUUGAAUAGGCAUUUAUGCGGCGAGAAGAAUAAUUUAAAAGCAAUUUCGAAAAAGCCAUUUUUAAUUCCUUAUACUUUGAACGAUAAUGCAUUUGAAAAUAAUGCCAUUGAGAGUCGAAAAUUGUUGAAAAUGCCUGGAGCGUCAUCUAAUGAUAUGGUGAAAUAUGGCAAAAAUAGUGAUGAAAGAAUCCGAGAUUUAAUUCACAUUUAUGGAAAAAUAAGAGAAUCUGUAGAAAUUAUGAAUGAUUCAGCUUCGUUUGGAACUGUGAUGACAAUGCUUAGUUGCCUCUUGCACCUCGUUAUCACUCCAUAUUUUUUACUGGUUGAAAUCUUCAAGCAAAAUCCUUCUUUCGUUUUCAUGACUCUGCAAGUAGUUUGGUUUCUUGGCCAUGUUGGUAGGCUUCUAAUAAUAGUGGAACCUUGUCAAACGUGCCUGAAAGAGUAUAAAGUCACUCAUAAUCUAGUCUCAGAAAUGAUUUUAAUGGAUUUUAACAAGGAUUCUAAGGAAUUGCUUAAAACCUUUAUAUCACAAAUAUCUUGUACGGCAAUAAGUUUCAAUGCUUCUGGAUUUUUCAACAUUGACAGAAACCUACUAACAUCGGUAAGAAAGUAUUUACAUAUUUUUUGA